UAUUCUCACACGAUCGACUACGUUCAACUAACGAGCCCGGCCAGCUAUGGGAGAUAAUAGUGCUGUUUCUACAGAGCUACGCCUUUCCCUCCCCAACCACCGCCAAGAAGAACUCAACUUGUCGUCGUCCGGUUCGUCCCUCCCGCCGCCAAUUUCACAUCCCUCUCCCCUCUCAUGGGGCUGCUCUCCAAUAAAUCUUCCAAAAAAAAGAAAGAUUCCUUCCAAAUCAUCCAAGCAAUCCAAACAUUAUUGGAACUCUUAUACUGAUUCCACAUCUCUCACCCUUUCUCUGCCAAAUCCGUAUCCCCCCGUCGUCUCGUUGGGUCUCUGUCCCGAUCUCCCCUUGAUCGGGACAGACCGCAAAAGAAACGCGACUCUGCCAGCAUCCAAGAAGACCAAGAACAAGGAUAAUACAAAUAAUGGUUCAAGAAUUAUCACCCAAGACGACAACAAGACCGUUUCUACGGCCCUCAGCCUUUCUUCCAUGAACACAAGUCAUGGGUAUGGGGUUUUCGUCCCCGACGACGACCAACACGAACUCAAAUUGGCCCCCUUGCCACCGAAUCGGCCGUACCCCUCCGAACCCAAUAAGAAUGCCCAGCAGAACUGUUUUGAGAAGAGGCGAACUGAAAGCGACGCGGAUGGAUUAUCGAGGACGUUGAGUAAAGUCCACUGCGAAAGGAAGGAUGAAGAGGCAUUUUUUCUAUUCGCAAUGAGAAUCGCCGGGAAAUGUAUCGCCGUCGGAGGCAGGAAUGAGGGCGGGAGUACGAGCGGUGGCUGCGGCGGUGACGCCGUGUCCAGAGGCGGAAAAGGACUGGUGGCGGUAGUUGGGAUGAAAUUGGAUUCGGGAAGUAAGGAACUGUUGACUUGGGCUCUGGUGAAAAUUGCCCGGCCUGGAGAUAGCGUCAUUGCUCUUCAUAUCUUCAAUCCCAAUAGCGAUAAAUCGGAGAUGCUAUCACUGAUGAAGACCCUUGAUUCAUUGGUUGCCGCUUAUGAAGGUUUUUGCAAUUUAAAGCAGGUUGAUCUUGAGUUCAAGGUGUGUAGAGGGUCACCAGCUCGUAAGGUUCUAGCCAGUGAGGCAAACAUUUACGACGCACCAAAUUUGGUUGUCGGUACUUCAAGCACCCACCACAAUAUUAGAUCAUCUCUUUCAGUUGCAAAGUACUGUGGAAGGAAGGUCAGGAAGAGCAUAUCUGUUAUUGCUGUCAAUAAUGGCAAGGUUGUCUAUCACAGGGUGGCAACCGCCUCUACUGGCAAGGGAUCCCACAUCUCCAAUGUGCUUGAACUGAGUUCAGAAAGUAAGACCUUGGCCAUAAGUCCCAAUGCAGCAGAUCCAGAGGACAAUUCUUUUAAACAGCUACCGUUGUCAAGUAGUGGCAAUGUGGAUACUUUGGCUUUGCUGCCCAUAGUACCUUUUAAGCCAAUGGAUGUGUGUCAAUCAAGUUCAGGGUCAGCAUUGUUCAGAAAAGUGUUUCAUCAGAACUUAAAAUCUGGAAAACAUUCUUCAAAAACGCCUCACGUAUUGCAAUGGAAUAAAAAAGUACAAUGUGAACAAUCUUUCGGAGACCUCGAUCACAAACAAAACAUGUAUGAUGGGCUUUGCCAUUCUCCAAACUCGGAUGUUGUAGAAGCCUCAAAUAAAAGCCCCACUUUUCGAAUUCCCAAGGAAGUAGAGUGCCUUACCGAGAAGUACUCAUCUAUAUGCAGGUUGUUUCGCUACCAGGAACUCUUGAGAGCAACCUCUGGUUUUCUGCAUGAAAAUAUAAUUGGAAAUGGUGGCAGUAGUAAGGUAUACAAAGGGUGUCUUCCAGAUGGGAUGGAGGUGGCAGUGAAAAUUUUCAAGCCAUCAGAAAUCGUAGUAAAACAAUUUUGUUCAGAACUAGAGAUUAUUACAAGCUUGCAUCACAAACACAUUAUUUCACUUCUUGGGUAUUGCGUGGAAGAAAAUAACAUUCUCUUAGUUUAUGAUCUGUUAUCCCGAGGAAGCCUUGAAGACAAUCUCCAUGGUCCUCAAAAUGGUGGGAAUUCAUUUGGUUGGGACGAUAGAUACAAGGUUGCUUUGGGGGUGGCUGAGGCAUUGGACCAUCUACAUAAUUCAGCCACGGGAUCAAUUAUCCACAGGGAUGUAAAAUCAUCAAACAUUCUUCUCUCAGACGAUUUUGGACCAAAGCUGUCUGAUUUUGGGCUUGCAACAUCAGCUUCAGUUUCUUCCUGCGAUUUAGAUGACACUGACAUUGUUGGCACAUUUGGGUACAUGGCUCCAGAAUAUUUUAUGAAUGGAAAAGUUAAUGAAAAAAUUGAUGUAUAUGCAUUGGGCGUGGUACUUCUUGAACUUUUAUCUGGUAGAAAGCCGAUUGACAAUACUAAUUCAAAGCAGCAGGAGAGUUUGGUCAUGUGGGCAAAACAAACAUUGAAGGAUGGAAAGGCUGCAGAUUUACUGGAUUUAAGAUUGCUUGACACAUAUAAACAUGAGGAGUUUGAGAGGAUGGUAUUAGCUGCCACCCUUUGUAUCAAACGGGCACCUAGUCGACGCCCUCCAAUUGACAUAGUUGUAAAGCUCCUCCGAGGUGAAGAAGAAGCCAUUGGUUGGGCAAUGCAACAAGCAAACAGUUCGGACGAUGUAGUAGACGUGGACGAUGAAGAACAGCAUCCCCCUCCAGCAAACAUACAUUCUUUUAUUAACGUCGCGCUGCAAAAUUUGGAUUCUGAGUCCCUUUCGAGCUGUGGAUCCAAUCAGAACAUAUCUGUAGAGGAUUAUUUGCGUGGCAGAUACAGCGGUUCCUCCAGCUUCAAUUAAUUAUUCUUUCCAAGGCACAUAUGUCGUUGGCUCCCGAAACCUACAUGUACGCAAGCAUUCCCUCACAUAGGUUCUGAAUUCAAUGUCUAAGCAUUUACUGGUAUAUAGUAAAGAAAGAUGUAACAAUACAACAGUUUCACAUUAUUAUUAUCUUAAAAAAUAUGUGAAGUACACAAAAGCAGCAGAACAAGCCUUUUAUCAGAUUAGAAUAAUUAGAUCAUUAGACUUCAAAUUCGGUGUGUCGCCUUCUCUCUUUUCUGUGAACUCAAGUAAUCCAUAAGUAAAAGAAUAAAUACUUCCUUUGCCU